AUGUCAGUAAGCCUAUCCCUAGCAGUCACGGUGGGAGGGCACGGGCAGGCUUGCAAAGGGUGUAUUGCCUCUAAAAACAAAGACACCACAGAUGUAUCAGAAGGACUGUGGCUGGAAGGAAAAGAGAGGAGAACAAAAAAGUUUGUGCUGCAAAUGCCAGAGUCUAAGACCUGCAACCUAGAACACCCUCCUAAGUUUCUUGUCCCUUUGAAAAUGCACACCACUCCACAAGGUUAUGAGUGCUACAUGAGCUGUGCCGUGAGAGGGGACCCAACACCCCAUGUCACAUGGUUCCGCAAUAAUAUCAGCCUCAACACCAACACCAACUACCUCAUCGCCAACACUUGUGGUGUUUGCUCAAUGCUCAUACUGAGGGUUGGAGCCAAGGACUCUGGAGAGUACACAAUCAUUGCAGAGAACCCCCUUGGCAGGGCAGAGUGCUCCACUAAGCUCACUGUCAAUGAUUAGGUCAGCAUUAAAAAGAAGAUGACCUUGCCUUUACUUUUUUUAAAUAGCUUAACACAAGUCCAGUUUCCUGUUUAGUUUUCUAGUUCUGUGCAGAAAUGACAUUUGGUAUAUUUUCAAGUUAAGUGUUCCCUGUAUCACAUUUAAUUUGAUAAUAUUCUCCAUUUUGGGUGCUGCAUAUGUUUGCAAACUCAGGUUGAGUACCAUACAAUGCAUCACUCUUUGGAUUAAGGAGAGACAAUUAUGUAAUGUAACACCAUAGUCUUCAAUAAUCAAAAGCAGCCUGAAAGCAUGUCAAGAACAGUGUUGUGUUUGUGUUUUUUCCCAUCAAAGUGCAAUAUUGGUAUUGGAAAGCUUUAUGAUUGGCAAUUUAAAUUAUGCAUGUGCAAGGCGGUUCUUGUUUACAGUGGCUUUUGAGUACAUUUGAA